AUGACAGCCAUGAAGCAGGAGCAACAGCCCACCCCCGGGGCCAGGGCGAGCCAGGCGCAGCCGGCGGACCAGGAACUGGGAAGUAACAGCCCUCCACAGAGAAACUGGAAGGGAAUUGCUAUUGCCCUGCUGGUGAUUUUAGUUGUAUGCUCACUCAUCACUAUGUCAGUCAUCCUCUUAACCCCAGAUGAACUCACAAAUUCAUCAGAAACCAGAUUGUCUUUAGAAGACCUCUUCAGGAAAGACUUUGUGCUUCAUGAUCCAGAAGCUCGGUGGAUCAAUGAUACAGAUGUGGUGUAUAAAAGCGAGAAUGGACAUGUCAUUAAACUGAAUAUAGAAACAAAUACUACCACAUUAUUAUUGGAAAACACUACUUUUGUAACCUUCAAAGCAUCAAGACAUUCAGUUUCACCAGAUUUAAAAUAUGUUCUUCUGGCAUAUGAUGUCAAACAGAUUUUUCAUUAUUCAUAUACUGCUUCGUAUGUGAUCUACAAUAUACACACUAGGGAAGUUUGGGAGUUAAAUCCUCCAGAAGUAGAGGACUCUGUCCUACAGUAUGCGGCCUGGGGUGUCCAAGGGCAGCAGCUGAUUUACAUUUUUGAAAAUAAUAUCUACUAUCAACCUGAUAUAAAGAGUAGUUCAUUGCGACUGACAUCUUCUGGAAAAGAAGGGAUUAUUUUUAAUGGAAUUGCUGACUGGUUAUACGAAGAGGAACUUCUGCAUUCUCACAUCGCCCACUGGUGGUCACCAGAUGGAGAAAGGCUCGCCUUCCUAAUGAUAAAUGAUUCCUUGGUGCCUAACAUGGUUAUUCCUCGGUUUACUGGAGCUUUGUAUCCCAAAGGAAAGCAGUAUCCAUAUCCUAAGGCAGGUCAAGUGAACCCAACAAUCAAAUUAUAUGUUGUAAACCUAUAUGGACCAACUCAUACUUUGGAACUCAUGCCACCAGAUAGCUUUAAAUCAAGAGAAUACUAUAUCACUAUGGUUAAAUGGGUAAGCAACACCAAGACGGUGGUCAGAUGGUUAAAUCGACCUCAGAACAUCUCCAUCCUCACAGUCUGUGAGACCACUACUGGUGCUUGUAGCAGAAAAUAUGAGAUGACGUCAGAUACGUGGCUGUCUAAACAGAAUGAGGAGCCCGUGUUUUCUAGAGAUGGUAGCAAAUUCUUCAUGACAGUUCCUGUGAAGCAAGGGGGUCGUGGAGAGUUUCACCACAUAGCUAUGUUCCUGGUCCAGAGUAAAAGUGAGCAAAUUACCGUGCGGCAUCUGACAUCAGGAAACUGGGAAGUGAUAAAGAUCCUGGCAUAUGAUGAAACUACACAAAAAAUUUACUUUCUGAGCACCGAGUCAUCUCCCAGAGGGAGGCAGCUGUACAGUGCUUCUACUGAAGGCUUAUUGAAUCGUCAAUGCAUUUCAUGUAAUUUUAUGAAAGAACAAUGCACAUAUUUUGAUGCCAGUUUUAGUCCCAUGAAUCAACAUUUCUUAUUACUCUGUAAAGGUCCAGGGGUUCCAGUGGUCAGCCUACAUAGCACAGACAAUCCAGCAAAAUAUUUUAUUUUGGAAAACAACUCUAUGCUGAAGGAAGCUAUCCUGAAAAAGAAGAUAGUUAAGUCAGAAAUUAAAAUGCUUCAUAUUGAUGACUAUGAACUUCCUUUACAGUUGUCCUUCCCAAAAGAUUUUACGGACCGAAACCAGUAUGCUCUUCUGUUAAUAAUGGAUGAAGAACCAGGAGGCCAGCUGGUAACAGAUAAGUUCCAUAUUGACUGGGAUUCAGUACUUGUCGACACAGAUAACAUCAUCAUUGCACGGUUUGAUGGCAGAGGAAGUGGAUUUCAGGGCCUGAAAAUUUUGCAAGAGAUUCAUCGAAGGUUAGGCUCAGUGGAAGUAAAGGACCAAAUAGCAGCUGUGAAAUUUUUACUGAAACAGCCAUACAUUGACUCCAAAAGAUUAAGCAUUUUUGGAAAGGGCUAUGGUGGCUAUAUUGCAUCCAUGAUCUUAAAAUCAGAUGAAAAACUUUUUAAAUGUGGAUCUGUGAUUGCACCCAUUAUAGACUUGAAGUUGUAUGCCUCAGCUUUCUCUGAAAGAUAUCUUGGUAUGCCAUCAAAAGAUGAAAGCACAUACCAGGCAUCUAGUGUGCUACAUAAUAUUCAUGGCUUGAAAGAAGAAAAUAUAUUAAUAAUCCAUGGGACUGCUGACACCAAAGUUCAUUUCCAACAUUCAGCAGAAUUAAUCAAACACCUAAUAAAAGCUGGAGUGAACUAUACUAUGCAGGUCUACCCAGAUGAAGGCCAUAACGUAUCUGAGAAGAGCAAGUAUCAUCUCUACAGCACAAUUCUCAGAUUCUUCAGUGAUUGUUUAAAGGAAGAAAUACCAGUGUUACCACAGGAACCAGAAGAAGAUGAAUAA